CUGUACAUGUAGCAUCAUCCUUUUCCUUUUUCUCCGUCCCUCCUUCUUCACCACGAUUUGACAAGGCGACACACAUGGGCCAGGCUGACAGGAUGAGAGUCACCCGUUCUCAGACGGGGAAGACCCCGAAGAAGGCUGAACGUCCUGGCUUCGUAGAAACGCCAGGCGCUCGACGUGUGACGCGCAGUCGGGCUUCAAUGACCCCCGAUCCCAGUGCAGACGACGCGUCCGACUCGACGGCGGAGACCCGUUCAGUAGCCAAAUCCUCGUCGCGCCGCCGCACAACUGCGCAGGUGAAGAAGGAGGAAGAAGAAGAGGAGGAGGAGUCACUGGUUGAAGACAAGGUCGCCGUGGAGACCAAUGGCAAAGCCAAUGGGCAUGCGAACGGACACGUUAAAAAGGAGGCCAAAAUCAUUGACGGAUGGGUAGAGGGCACGGAUCCCAAGAUCGACUAUAGCGGACACUUCGAAUUUGGAGGCUCCUGGGGUGUGCUCGCCAUGAUGAUAGGUUUCCCUCUGCUCAUGUACUACAUGUGGAUCGGUGCGACGUACUAUGAUGGGAAAUUCCCUAUCCGGGCUGAGGGCCAGAGCCUGCCUGACUUCUUUGCGCAUCUCGCUCACCUGGUCUACGAGGGCGCGUUCCCUUCACUGAAAGCUUGGGCGAUCUACUGGGGAUUCUUCAUCUUCGAAAUGAUCUGCUACUUACAGCUGCCCGGAAUCACCCUCAUGGGCCGUCCGCUCCCGCACGAGGGCGGAAAGCAGCUGCCGUACUACUGCUCAGCUGUGUGGUCGUUUUACACCACUAUCGUCGCUGCGCUCGCGCUGCAUUUCACCGGUCUUUUCAAGUUGUACACCAUCAUCGACGAGUUUGGACCGCUGAUGAGCGUGGCUAUCAUCUCCGGUUUCCUGGUCUCCUUCAUUGCAUAUUUCUCCGCCCUCGCGCGUGGCCGACAGCACCGUAUGACUGGAUAUCCGAUCUAUGACUUCUUCAUGGGGGCGGAGUUGAACCCUCGCAUGUUCGGCCUCCUCGACUUCAAGAUGUUCUUCGAAGUCCGGUUGCCCUGGUAUAUCCUGCUCUUGGUUACUCUCGGUGCCGCGGCGCGUCAGUAUGAGACUUACGGCUACGUUUCUGGCGAAGUUGGCUUCCUUCUCCUGGCGCACUACCUGUACGCCAAUGCUUGCUCAAAAGGCGAGGAAUGCAUCAUCUCGACAUGGGAUAUGUACUAUGAGAAAUGGGGCUUCAUGCUCAUCUUCUGGAAUCUGGCCGGUGUGCCCCUGAGCUACUGCCACUGCACAAUCUACUUGGCCAACCACGAUCCUGCCACCUACCGCUGGAACAGAUUCGCGCUGGCAUUCCUGUACAUUGCGUACCUGUUCGUCUACUGGAUCUGGGAUACAGCCAACAGCCAGAAGAACCGCUUCCGCCAGCAGGAGCGCGGUACCCUGGUUUUCCGCAAGACUUUCCCACAGCUGCCGUGGCAGACGGUGCAGAACCCCAAGACUAUCAAGUGCCCUCAGGGUACGAUCUUGGUCGAUGGGUGGUAUGGCCUGGCCCGCAAGAUCCACUACACUUGUGAUCUCUACUUUGCCUUGAACUGGGGUCUUAUCACCGGUUUCCAGAGCCCCUUCCCAUGGUUCUACCCGGUCUUCUUCGCAUGCAUGAUUAGCCACCGCGCUCUGCGUGAUAUCCAGAAAUGCCGUGCCAAGUACGGCGAUGCGUGGCUCGAGUACGAAAGACGCGUGCCAUAUCUCUUCAUUCCUUAUGUUUUCUAGAGGAAACGACAGCCGCCUCUACAUUCAAGCACUGGGCCGUGCCCUGCCAUAUUAUAGCCAAGCGUAAAAUACCGCACUGGCCGACUCAAAACGUAUACAUCCGAUAAUAUUCAAUUGCUCCCACACCUUGCAUCUUCGGUUCUUCCAUUGUCAUUCUAUGUACAUUAUAAGAAUGCUGAAAUCGCACAACUUCCUGCUUUCCUGCUUUUGUUGGUGUCGUCUUCAAUAUAUCCUCAAUUAAUCAUUAUGCAUGUGGGUUGCCCCACCGUUCAUCGUUUGUUUAUCGAGAUAAUUUUCUCGGCCAUUUUGGGAUCUGGUGACCCCCUUUUUUUCUCUUUCUGUCACCAUUAUGGAUAGUAUACUAUUUCCAGUAUCUAAAACGAGAACAAAUGAAAAUGAAAAUAUGAAGUAUGA